AUGGCCGCGGGGGCCCGGCCUGCCAUGCGCGGCGGGCCGUACCACCGGCCGCUGGGCGGCGGGGCGGGGACGGAGCGGACCAUCGGGGCGGCCGGGAGCCAUGUUGGAGCGGCGGGAGGCGGCGGCGGCGGCGGCGGCGUUGGAGAUGCGGCGGCGGCUGCCGCUGCUCCUGUUGGCUGGGCGGCGGCCACGGCGGGCUGGGGCCGCGCGAGGCGCGGAGUAGAUGGUGCCCGGGGGGCGGCGGCGGCGGCGGCGGCGGCGACGCGCGGGGCGCGGAGAGACAAGGGGCGCGGAGCCCGGCCCCCGGGGCGGCCCCGCCGAGCGGCCAAUCGCCACCCGCUCUUCCCCCAGUACAAUUACCAGGUGCAGGUGGCCGAGAACCAGCCCCCGGGGACGCCGGUCAUCACCGUGGCGGCCCAGGACCCCGAUCCGGGCGAGGCCGGCCGCCUGCUCUACUCCAUGGACGCCCUGGUGAACAGCAGGUCCGUGGAGCUGUUCAGCAUAGACCCCCGGAACGGCCUCAUCUCCACGGUGGAGGUCCUGGACCGGGAGAGCAUGGACCUGCACUAUCUCCGGGUGACGGCGGUGGACCACGGGACCCCCCGCCUCUCCGCCACCGCCAUGGUGGCCGUGAACGUCGCCGACCGGAACGACCACGCCCCCGUCUUCGAGCAGGCCGAGUACCGGGAGACCAUCCGGGAGAACGUGGAGGAGGGCUACCCCAUCCUGCAGCUGCGGGCCACGGACGUCGACUCGCCCCCCAACGCCAACAUCCGCUACCGGUUCGUCGACGGGCGGGACGCCCGCUCCGUCUUCGAGAUCGACCCCCGCUCCGGCCUGAUCACCACCAGCGGCCCGGUGGACCGGGAGAGGCUGGAGAGGUACUCCCUGGUGGUGGAGGCCGACGACCAGGGGAGAGAGCCCGGGCCCCGGUCGGCCACCGUCCGGGUCUACAUCACGGUCCUGGAUGAGAACGACAACGUGCCCCAGUUCAGCGAGAAGCGCUACGUCGUCCAGGUGAGGGAGGACGUCCGGCCCCACGUGGAGAUCCUGAGGGUCACGGCCACCGACUCGGAUAAGGACAACAACGCCCUGGUCCACUACAACAUCAUCAGCGGGAACAGCAGGGGGCAGUUCUCCAUCGACAGCGUGACGGGCGAGAUCCAGGUGGUGGCCCCUCUGGACUUCGAGGUGGAACGCGAGUACACCCUCAGGAUCCGGGCCCAGGACGCGGGCCGCCCGCCCCUCUCCAACAACACGGGCGUGGCCAGCAUCCAGGUGGUGGACAUCAAUGACCACGCCCCCAUCUUCGUCAGCACCCCUUUCCAAGUGUCCGUCCUGGAGAACGCCCCAUUCGGCCACUCGGUGAUCCACAUCCAGGCGGUGGACGCCGACUACGGGGAGAACGCACGCCUGGAGUACAGACUCGCCGGGGUGUCGGCCGACACCCCCUUCGUGGUCAACAGUGCCACCGGCUGGAUCACGGUGAGCGGCCCCCUGGACCGAGAGUCGGUGGAGCACUACUUCUUCGGGGUGGAGGCCCGGGACCACGGCUCGCCCUCCCUCUCUGCCUCGGCCAGCGUCACCGUCACCGUCCUGGACGUGAACGACAACCGGCCGGAGUUCGCCCAGAGGGAGUAUUACGUCCGCCUGAACGAGGACGCCGCGGUGGGGACCAGCGUCCUCGGCGUCACCGCCGUCGACCGGGACGCGAACAGCGCCAUCAGCUACCAGAUCACGGGGGGCAACACCCGCAACCGCUUUGCCAUCAGCACCCAGGCGGGCGUCGGCCUGAUCACCCUCUCGCUGCCUCUGGACUACAAGCAGGAGAGGCGCUACGUUCUGACCGUGACCGCCUCGGACCGGACCCUGCACGACAACUGCCACGUGCACAUCAACAUCACGGACGCCAACACCCACCGCCCCGUCUUCCAGAGCGCCCACUAUUCCGUGAGCGUCAACGAGGACCGGCCGGUGGGCAGCACCGUGGUGGUGAUCGGCGCCACGGACGACGACGUGGGGGAGAACGCCCGGAUCACUUACUUCCUCGAGGACAACAUCCCCCAGUUCCGCAUCGACGCGGACACCGGGGCGAUCACGUUGCAGGCUGGCUUGGACUACGAGGACCAGGUGACCUACACGUUGGCCAUCACGGCCAAGGACAACGGCAUCCCCCAGAAGGCGGACACCACCUACGUGGAGAUCAUGGUGAACGACGUCAAUGACAACGCUCCGCAGUUUGUCGCCUCCCACUACCCGGGGGUGAUCUCAGAGGACGCCCCUCCCUUCACCAGCGUGCUGCAGAUCUCCGCCACCGACCGGGACGCUCACACCAACGGGCGGGUCCAGUACACGUUCCAGAACGGGGAGGAUGGUGACGGGGACUUCACCAUCGAGCCCACGUCGGGAAUCGUCCGCACGGUGCGGCGGCUGGACCGGGAGAGCGUCCCCGUGUACGAGCUCACCGCCUACGCCGUGGACCGGGGGGUCCCGCCCCUCAGGACCCCGGUGAACAUUCAGGUCACUGUGCAGGACGUCAACGACAACGCUCCCGUCUUCCCCGCCGAAGAGUUUGAGGUCCGGGUGAAGGAGAACAGCCUGGUGGGCUCGGUGGUGGCUCGGAUCACGGCGGUGGACCCGGACGAGGGGCCCAACGCCCAGAUCAUGUAUCAGAUCGUGGAAGGCAACAUCCCCGAGAUCUUCCAGAUGGACAUCUUCUCCGGGGAGCUCACGGCUCUCAUCGACCUGGAUUACGAGACCAGGCCGGAGUACGUGAUCGUGGUUCAGGCCACCUCGGCGCCCCUGGUCAGCCGAGCCACGGUCCACAUCCGGCUCAUCGACCAGAACGACAACAGCCCCGUCCUCAAGAACUUCCAGAUCCUCUUCAACAACUACGUCUCCAACAGGUCCAACACCUUCCCCUCCGGGGUCAUUGGCAAAAUCCCGGCUUACGACCCCGAUGUGUCGGACAGGCUCUUCUACACCUUUGAGCGGGGCAACGAGCUGCACCUGCUGAUCGUCAACCAGUCUAGCGGGGAGCUGAGGCUCAGCCGGAAGCUGGACAACAACCGGCCCCUGGUGGCCUCCAUGCUGGUGACCGUCACGGACGGUAUCCACAGUGUGACCGCCCAGUGUGUCCUGCGUGUUAUCAUCAUCACAGAAGACAUGCUGGCCAACAGCCUGACGGUGCGGCUGGAGGACAUGUGGCAGGAACGCUUCCUGUCGCCCCUGCUGGCCAGCUUCUUGGAGGGCGUGGCCACUGUCCUGGCCACACCCAAGGAGGACGUCUUCAUCUUCAACAUCCAGAACGACACCGACGUGGGCGGAGCCGUGCUCAACGUCAGCUUCUCCGCCCUGGCCCCUAGCGGGGGUCAGUUCUUCAGCUCAGAGGAGCUGCAGGAGCAGCUGUACAUGAAGCGCAUGGCCCUGACCUCGGUGUCCCUGUUGGAAGUGCUGCCCUUUGACGAUAACGUCUGCCUGCGGGAGCCCUGCGAGAACUACAUGAAGUGCAUCUCCGUGCUCAAGUUCGACAGCUCGGCCCCCUUUCUGGCCUCACCUUCCACCCUCUUUCGGCCCAUCCACCCCAUCACCGGUCUGCGCUGCCGCUGCCCCCAGGGCUUCACCGGUGACUACUGCGAGACGGAAAUCAAUCUGUGCUACUCCAACCCCUGCCGCAAUGGGGGUGCGUGUGCCCGCCGGGAGGGGGGCUACACCUGUGUCUGCCGCCCACACUUCACGGGUGAGGACUGCGAGCUGGAUAGCCGGGCAGGUCGCUGUGUGCCCGGAGUGUGCCGCAACGGGGGCACCUGCACCAACUCUCCCGACGGGGGCUUCCAAUGCCAGUGCCCGGCGGGCGGCUUUGAGAAACCGUACUGUGAGGUGUCCGCCCGCUCCUUCCCCCCGAAGUCCUUCGUCAUGUUCCGGGGUCUGCGGCAACGCUUCCACCUGACCUUGUCCCUCUCGUUUGCCACCCUGGAGAGCAGCGGCCUCCUCUUCUACAACGGGCGUCUUAACGAGAAGCACGACUUCAUCGCCGUGGAGAUUGUGGACGGACAGGUUCAGCUGAAGUAUUCCACUGGUGAGUCAAGCACCCUGGUGAGCCCUUUCCUUCCGGGGGGCGUGAGUGAUGGGCAGUGGCACACGGUCCAGCUACGUUACUACAACAAGCCCAAGAUCGGCUCCCUUGGGGUGGCACAGGGCCCCUCCAAGGACAAGGUGGCCAUCCUGACUGUGGAUGAGUGCGAUGCGUCGGUGGCACUGCAGUUUGGGGCUGAGAUCGGCAACUACUCAUGCGCGGCAGAGGGCGUGCAGUCCAGCUCCAAGAAAUCCCUGGACCUGACGGGGCCCCUGCUCCUCGGUGGCGUCCCCAACCUGCCUGAGAAUUUCCCGGUGGCGCACAAGGAGUUUGUGGGCUGCAUGAGAGACCUGUUCAUCGACAACAAGCGCAUCGACCUGGCCUCCUACAUUGCCAACAAUGGGACAGCUGCAGGGUGCCAUGCCAAGCACAGCUUCUGCGAUUCCAACCCCUGCAAGAACGGCGGUUCCUGUUCGGUCACCUGGGGCAGCUUCCAUUGCGAGUGCCCCGUGGGCUUCGGGGGCAAGGACUGCAGGCAUGCCAUGGCCCAUCCCCACCGUUUCCGGGGUAACGGCAUCCUCUCCUGGGAUUUCAAGAGUGAGGUGAAGGUCUCCAUGCCCUGGUAUCUGGGGCUGGCGUUCCGGACCCGCCAGCCACAUGGGGUGCUGUUGCAGGCCCAGGCCGGCCAGUAUACCACUCUUCUGUGCCAGCUGGACGCAGGGCUGCUGUCCUUCGUGGUGAACAGGGGCUCCGGCCGCACCAGCCGGCUCCUCCUGGACCAGGUGCCCCUCAGUGACGGCAGAUGGCACGACCUCCAGCUGGAGCUGCGGGAUGUGCGCAGUGGGAGGGAGAGUCACUACAUCAUCGUGGUCACCGUGGACUUUGGGCUCUUCCAGGAUACCAUGGUGGUCGGGAAUGAACUGCAUGGCCUGAAGGUGAAGCAUCUUCACGUUGGGGGAUUGCCAGCCUCUGGAGAGGUGCAGAAUGGCCUGGAUGGCUGCAUCCAGGGAGUCUGGCUGGGAGACACACCCACCAGGAUCACCUUCCCUAAGCCCAGCAGUAGCCUGAAUGUGGAGGCCGGCUGCAGCGUGCCCAACCCCUGCAGUUCCAACCCCUGCCCGGCCAACGCCAACUGCAGGGACAACUGGCAAAGCUACUCCUGCGUGUGUCAGCAAGGAUAUUAUGGUGAGAGUUGCAUAGAUGUCUGCCAGCUAAACCCCUGCAAGAACAAGUCAGUGUGCCGCCGACAGACGGGGACACCCCAUGGCUACACUUGCGAGUGCGGGGACAACUACUUCGGACAGUACUGUGAGCACAGGAUGGACCAGCAGUGCCCGAGAGGCUGGUGGGGCAACCCGACCUGUGGACCGUGCAACUGCGAUGUCAGCAAGGGCUUUGAUCCUGACUGUAACAAGACCAAUGGGCAGUGCCACUGUAAGGAGUUCCACUACCGACCCCGGGGCGGUGACACCUGCCUCCCCUGCGACUGCUACCCCAUCGGCUCCUCCUCCCGCUCCUGCGACCGGGAGAGCGGCCAGUGCCACUGCCGGCCUGGGGUUAUCGGCCGCCAGUGCAACAGCUGCGACAACCCCUUUGCGGAGGUGACGCCCAGUGGCUGUGAGGUACUCUAUGACGGAUGCCCCAAGACCCUGCGAGCUGGGGUGUGGUGGCCUCAGACCAAGUUUGGGCUCCUGGCUGCAGUACCCUGCCCUAAGGGAUCCCUGGGUUUGCGGGGUGCAGGUGCAGCCGUUCGGCACUGUGAUGAGGAGAAAGGCUGGCGGGAGCCUGACCUCUUUAACUGCACAUCCCCGGCCUUCAAGGAGCUCUCCUCGCUGCUGGAGGGCUUGGAGCGUAACGAGACCGAGCUGAACACCAUCGAAGCCAAGAAGCUAGCACACCGGCUGCGGGUCGUGACGGACCAGAUGGAGCGAUACUUUGGCAAUGAUGUCCACAUCACUUAUCGCCUGCUCUCCCACCUCAUGAACUUUGAGAGCCAACAGCACGGCUUUGGGCUCACGGCCACACAAGAUGCCCACUUCAAUGAGAACCUGCUGCGAGCUGGCAGCGCUGUGCUGGCCCCGGAGAACCGGGAGCAUUGGGAGGCCCUGCUGCAGAACGAGAGGGGCAGCGUGGGGCUGAUGGAGCAGCUGCGGGAAUACACGGCCACCCUCGCCAGCAACAUGAAGCUCACCUACCUCAACCCCGUGGGCGUGGUCACCCCAAACAUUAUGCUCAGCAUCGACCGCAUGGAGAACCACACACAUGGGAGGAGGCGUUACCCCCGCUACCACAGCAGCCUUUUCCGGGGGCAAGCGGCUUGGGACCCCCACACUCACGUGGUGUUGCCUUCCAUCCUCCUGCCCCUCAAGGAUGAAGCCCCAUCCUCUGCCCUGCCCACACCAAGUGGGAGCGAUGCCAAUGAGACGAUGGAGAGCUCGGCACCCAGGCAGGCGCUCCCUGAGCCAGAGCCAGCCGUCACCAUCAUCAUCCUCCUCAUUUACCGCACCCUAGGGGGACUGCUCCCAGCCCGGUACCACGUGGACCGCAGGAGCGUCAGGCUCCCCAAGAACCCCAUCAUGAACUCUCCCAUCGUCAGCGUGGCUGUGUUUAGCAACCACACCUUCGUGCAGGGCACGCUGGAGCCCCCUCUCACCCUGGAGUUCCGCCUGCUGGAGACGGCCAAUCGCAGCAAGCCUCUUUGCGUCCAGUGGAAUCACUCCAGCCAGGUGGACCCUUCAGGCUUUUGGAUGGCGAGGGACUGUGAACUGGUGUACAGGAACACCACCCACGUGCGCUGCCAGUGCUCCCAGUUUGGCACAUUUGGGGUCCUGAUGGAUAACUCGCAACGGGAGCAGCUGGAGGGCGACCUGGAGAUCUUGGCCAUGGUGACGUACUCCUCUGUGUCCAUCUCCCUCUUGGCCCUGCUGCUCACGAUCUCCUUCCUGCUGUGCCUGAAGGGCCUCAAGUCCAACACGCGGGGCAUUCAUUCCAACAUAGCCACCGCCCUCUUCUUCUCUGAGCUGCUCUUCCUCUUGGGCAUCAACCGCACGGAGAACCAGUUCCUGUGCACAGUGAUUGCCAUCCUGCUGCACUACUUCUUCCUGGGCACCUUUGCCUGGUUCUUUGUGGAAGGGCUGCACACCUACCGCAUGCAGACGGAAGCCCGCAAUGUCAACUUCGGGGCCAUGCGCUUCUAUUACGCCCUGGGCUGGGGAGUGCCCGCCAUCAUCACCGGCCUGGCAGUGGGCUUGGACCCCGAAGGCUAUGGCAACCUGGAUUUUUGCUGGAUUUCCAUCCAUGAUAAGCUGGUCUGGAGUUUUGCGGGUCCCAUUGCUGUGGUUAUUGUGAUGAAUGGGGUUAUGUUCCUGUUGCUGGCCAAGAGGUCCUGCUCCCCAGGGCAGAAGGAGACCAAAAAGAAGUCAGUUCUCAUGACACUGCGAAGCUCCUUCGUUCUGCUUCUAGUUAUUAGCACUACAUGGCUCUUUGGCCUUCUGGCUGUCAACAACAGCGUCCUGGCUUUCUACUACCUCUACACUGUCCUCUGCAGCUUCCAGGGCCUGGCUGUGCUGCUUCUGUUCUGUAUCCUGAAUGAGGAGGUCCAGGAGGCGUGGAAGUUGGCCUGUCUGGGCAAGAAAGGGGGGCAGGGCGAGGAGGCAGCCAGGCCUGCCCAGGGUCCUAAUGCCUACAACAACACAGCCUUGUUUGAGGAAAGCGGCCUCAUCCGCAUCACCCUGGGAGCCUCCACCAUCUCCUCCGUCAGUAGCGUACGCUCUGCCCGUACCCACUCCAGCCAGCGGGGCUACCUCAGAGAGAACAUGCUGGUGCAGCAGGGCUCAGCCGCUGACCACAGCCUACUGGGCCACGCUGGCCCCACCGACUUGGACGUGGCCAUGUUCCAUCGGGAUGCCGGGGGAGGACAAGACUCGGACUCGGAUAGCGACUUGUCCCUGGAAGAGGAGCGCAGUCUCUCCAUCCCGUCCUCAGAGAGCGAAGAGAACGUGCGGCUCCGGGGCCGGUUCCAGCGCCAGUUCAAGCGGGCAGCCCACAGUGAGCGGCUCCUCACCAACCCUUCCAACACCACGCCCAAAGACAUGGACGGCAAUGACCUGAUGUCCUACUGGCCGGCUCUGGGCGAGUGCGAAGUGCACCCUUGCUCCCUGCAGAAGUGGGGCUCGGAGCGCAAACUGGGCUUCGACAUCAACAAAGACGCUGCCAACAACAACCAGCCGGACUUGGCCCUGACCAGUGGGGACGAGAAUUCCCUCACUCAUACACAAAGGCAGAGGAAAGGGAUCCUGAAGAACCGUCUCCAGUACCCACCAGCCCUCCAGGGCCUGCCGGCCGGGGGGAGAAUGACCAACGAGCUCUCCUGGUAUAAGACCUCCACCCUGGGCCACCGGGCCGUGCCGGCGGCAUCCUACGGCCGGAUCUACUCUGGGGCCGGCAGCCUCUCCCAGCCGGCUAGCCGCUACUCCUCGCGAGAGCAGCUGGACCUGCUGAUGCGGCGGCAGAUGUCACGGGAGCAGUUGAGUCGCAAUGCCUCCUCCGGGGAGCUCCUCGAGGCCGUGCUCAGCCGGCACGGCUCCCGGGAGGAGCUAGACCUGGUUCCUAGUCGGCAAGGCUCGCGGGAACACCUGGAGAGCAUCCCCAGCCAGCAGGGGUCCCGGGAAAAUCUGGAUCUGCUCCUGAGCAGGCCCGAUCACAGGAACCGUGGGAGCACGCUGCCCAGAAGGCAGGGCUCUAGAGACCAUCUAGACACCUUGCCCCCUCGAUUUGGGUCCCGAGAACAUCUAGACUGUGGGGUGGGCAGAGAAGUAUCUAGAGAGUGGCUGAACACCUUACCCAGCAGGCAGGCCUCUAGAGAUCGCAUGGACACACUGCCCAGCCGAGAUGCCUCUCGAGAACACCUCGACCUGCUCUCUAGAAGACAGCCUUCCCGGGACCAGCUAGCAUCCGCUAGACAAAUGUCCAGAGAGCAGUUGGAUUUUUUAUCCGGAAGAUCAAACUCCAGAGAGCAUCUGAAUACAGUGCCGAGCAGGCACCCGUCGAGGGAAAAUCUAGAGCCUCUUUCUAGGAGACAGCCCUCUAGAGAAAGUCUAGAGCCGCUCUCUAGACGACUCCCUUCUAGGGAGAACUUAGAACCCCUGGCAAGGCGACAACCAUCUAGAGAAAAUCUAGAAGCAAUCCCCAGUCGCCAUCCUUCGACCGAGCAACUAGAUAUUCUUUCUUCCAUCCUCGCUUCCUUUAAUUCCUCUGCCCUGUCCUCUGUGCCAUCAUCCAGCACCCCCUCGGGUCCCCAUACCACCGCCACGCCUUCUGCCGUGCAGACCUCCUCCACACCCUCUGCACCGGGCCCCUCCACACCUCGCUCGGCCACGUCCCACAGCAUUUCUGAGUUGUCACCGGAUUCUGAAAUAACCAGAAGUGAAGGCCACUCCUGAAGGGCAUGACCUGCCACCAGUGCUGAGGAAGACACAGGAAGCAGGAUGCCGGACUGAUGCGUCCGGCACAAGAGCUGGGAUCUCUAGGCUCUGGGGACCGAAGAGACACAAUGUCCAGGGCUCGGAGGGGCCUGUAACCUCUCCCCCCCACCCCAUCCCUUUCUCUCUCUCCCUCUCGCUUUCUCUCUCUCUCUGUCCCCCCCCCCAGGGAGGGUGAGAAGCAGGUGACACAGCCUUCGGCUAGGGCCCCUAACCACCUGCCCUCCCACCCAGGACCUCUGGCUACAUAUGAGAAGCCACCAGGCCGAAUCUUUCUUUCUGAAACACUUCAGCACUGUGUGCGUGCGCGCGUGUGAGUGUGUGUGUGUGCACACGUGUGGGGAGGGGCUAGGGAGGGAACUUUUAUACAUUUUGUAUCUUUGUAAUCAGAGAGAGAAAUUUCUAUCAUUAUUUUUACGCUCUUCUGUUCCAGUGACAGUUACGUGUGGGUUCUUGACCUGGUGUAGGAGAAGGGUCUGGGAAGGGUGGGGAAUGAAAAGCGCAGAGGGGUGGGGCGAGGGAGAGAAGGUUGGGGGAGAGGAUACUUCAAAAAGGGGUCCCCCACCUUGAGGAGCCACAAGGAGAAGUGGGCAGCCACUCCUCCCUCUACUACCUCCUCUCCUGCCCUCCUAGGCCCACCCCCACACUCAUUCUCCUUAUUUGGGCCCACUUGCCUCUGCCAGGGCCUUCUCCUGCUUCCUUCUCCUCCUCCUUCCAUUACAGAACUUACUGGGGGUAGCAAACCACUAGGGUUUUUGGGUGGUCUGGGGGCUGGAACCGUGCUGAAGUUGGGUCCUACCCCGUGAUAAAUCUGGGUCUGCGGGCCUCGUUGGGGAACCUCUGGAUUCACAGUGUGUUGGUUCUGUCGGAAAAGGCCUGGUCGCCCCCCCACUGCCAUCCCUCUGCCCCUACCAACCAGCCCGCUUUUCUUGGCGCUCUCCUCCUUGCCCUGCUUGGCAGCUACUCUUUGACUCUUCACCAAGAGCACAUAGUUCUGCUGCUGCCUGCCAUCAGCUGGGGGAAGGAUCAGGGGAAAGCGGCUGGGGUGGAGCAGGGCAGACUACAGAGGCCCACUUACUUGCCUUUUGUGCUAGCCUGCCUCGUGGUUGGGGGGUGGGGGGAGGACUCCUUUUCUCCUUCGUCACCACCCAUUUUAGCUCUGAAGAUGUUUCCUUUCGGCAAGUGGACUGUGAAGCGAAAACCUAUUUUGGAUUUGUUUUUCUCCAAUCGCCAGAGUCCAAACUCUUCUCCCGUGAAGGGGUUGGGGAGGAAGCCAAGAAGCCCAAAGCCAAGAGUUCCUUCCCACAGCUCCUGGGCAGAGUCAGGGUGGAACCAGCAUCCAGGCAGCAGCAGGGGGCCAUUCUCUGGGGUGGAGGUUGGAGGGUCCUUAACCAACUCUAGGGGCUGAGGCGAUAUAACAGGGUCUCUUUCUUCUCUCUGGUUUACUCCUAGUCUUGGUCCAGUUGAGCACAUCCCGUGUGCCCGUUUCUGCUGGAAAUAAAAGCUGCCAGCUCCCUAGGCUCAGUUCUUGGGGCCCUGGUGGGACCCAGUUUCUACUGACGAACUGACUCCUUCUGCUAAGAGGAGUCCCAUCCUGUCUGGCAGUGAAAUAUAAAUAUAUAUAUACACCCAGCCUUCUGUCCCCUGU